AAACAUAUGAUCUUGAAAUUCUUGAACAACUUUUAACUUUUAUCAGACCUUCCUGUUAUCAAGUUUAUUUAUUAUCAAAUUAUAAAUGAAUAUGUCCAGUUCCGUUUCGCAACAAGGUGACUAAAUGUCGUGCCGCUGAUUACGAUUCGUGUCGUGAAACGUAAAAAUCUGUGGUACAUUUAAUACCUAUUUUUAUGCAGUUUUAUAUCCUCGAGCAAAAUGGAAAAUCGUCAACUGGAUACAAUGUUCGGCAUCGUCCUAAACAUACUGUUCCCCAUCAAAUUGUUGCUGCGUGUGUAUUCGCUGGGCAUUCUGAUGGUAGACUUUAUGUGGGUGUGGGUGAAUGCAGCCUUUGCCAUCAUGCAGGCUAUAUAUGAGCUGUUCUGCCCUCCUCCCAUGAAAUCUUUGAACAUGGAAACUGCUUUAGUCAUAGGAUCAGGCAGAGGAGUAGGCCGGGAGCUAGCCAUCCAACUUUCCGAUCUUGGUGCUAUAGUGCUCUGUGUAGACAAGAACAGUGUCAACAACAAGGAAACUCUGGAUGCGAUCAAACGGCAUGGUGGCUCGGCACUCAGCUUCACCUGUGACAUCACGAAGAAACAGAAUGUUGAGGAGCUGGCGGUGCAAGUGAAGAAAGAGAUAGGUUUUGUGAGCAUGCUGUUCUAUUGCUGUGGUAUCCCCAGUCCGCGGUCUCUGCUCACCCAGCCACCACAAGACAUACACAAAACUUUGGACCUCACACUUACAUCAUAUUUCUGGCUCAUAGACCAGUUCAUACCAGCCAUGAAAGCGAAGAACCGCGGCCACAUCGUAGCCCUAACGUCAGUGGCUGGUCUCAGCUACAUCAAGGAUCAAAUGCCAUUGAGCGUUGCCCAGUUUGCUGUCCAAGGGCUAGCAGAAUCUCUCAUGGAAGACCUCAGGAUAAACAGGAUAGACGGGGUCCAUGUGACCCUCACACACAUCUAUCCCUUCAUUGUGGGAGAAGACAGCUCGGAAUUGAGGUUAAAGAUACCAAGCUACUUCGGAACUAUAACCCCGCAAGUCGCAGCCUCCAGUAUACUAGACAGCGUCCGCCGGAAUUACCCCGAAGCCUCUGUGCCUAAACACCUCCUUUUCUUGGGCCACCUGCUCCGGAUAUUACCCAGGAAGGCCACAGUACUAAUAAGAGAUCUAUUAGACACGGGUGUUGAUUUUGCCUAGUACUAUGUCAUAGUUUUGACGUUUUCUAGUAAAAGGUGCUAUGUUGUCUCUUACUAUAAGGACGAAAUUUGCUAGUAUACUGUUAGAGUGUUCUUAUGAUUAAACGACAAUGUGGGGUCUUUUGCUUGAGAACGGCACAAUUAGUUAGAUCAUUUUGUUGCUAAGUCAAAGGAACCAAAUAGGUUAGCAGUGAUAUAUUUUGUGAAUCAAAUUUUAAGACUUAUAACUAAGUUUAACUGUAAGAAAUCUACAAUGUC